AUGGUGUUGUACCUCAACAUCAGAUUUGGGCUUGGAGUCGCCCUGCCGGAGGUUAUCACCUUUAUCCCCGAAGGAAACAUUUGCUUCUGGCGAGGUUUGGGUGGAUCGAUGAUGGUCAUGGAUCUAGAUCGCCGCAUGACUAUUGGUUAUGCCAUGAACAAAAUGGGACCAGGGGCCAUGGGCAACGCCAACGCCAAGGCUUACAUCGACGCGAUUUAUGAAAUCAUGGCGGAUAAGAAGCGGUCUGUGUCCUUGUGA